AUGAGUUUUUAAAAUGAGCAGAAUGAAAAUUUGUAUGGAAUCCUUUCCUUGUCUAAAGGCUUAGAUGAAGAAAUCUUCCAUCGUGUAAUAUAAAUAAUUAAAAGAGAAAAAAUUUAUGACUGUCUAGAAUUUUUCUCAUAAGUUCAAAAUCAAUGGCAACUAGAAAACAAAAUUUAAAAGGUAAAAAAAUUUAUCAAUACUUGAUAAGGAAUUGAUUUUAAACGUUGGUAGGAAUAACAUUUAGAGAAUAGUGAAUGUUCUAAAAAAAAUUAAGGAUCAUAAUUUUAAUGAGCAGAAUUACUCAGUAGAGGAGUAUCAAGAAAUCAAAGAACAUCUGAUCAAAAAAAUAGCUUUCAAUAAGAAGAUCAUAGGAUUAUUAAAAUUUUUAGUUCAUCUGACUGCCUUAGAUUAAAGAUACAUUUAGUGUGGAUCUAAUUCUCUUCAUUUGUUAGUUUAGAUGAAGGUUGACUUGAAGAGAUAAUCUUUUGAAAAUAUUAGAAUUAGAAAUAUUUCAUUAAUAGGGGCAAAUUUUGUGAGAUGUGAUUUAAGUGGAUCUGAAUUUGACAAUGUCAUCAUUAGUGGAAUGAAUUUGAAUGGAGCUAAAUUAUUUAAUAGUAAAUGGAAAAAUUUAAGAAUAAAUGAGUUAAAGAAGUUAAACGGUCAUAUUCGAUAUGUCAAUUCAGUAUGCUUUUCUGCAGAUGGUAAGUCAUGUGCUUCUUGCAGUGUUGAUAAAUCAAUUCGUCUGUGGGUAGUGAAAACAGGAAAAAUAUAGUUUGUAUCAAAAGGUAAGAGUUGGGUAAAAUAAGUAUGCUUUUCACCUAAUAGCACUAUAUUAGCAUCUUGCAGUGAUUAAAUUGUGUAGUUUUGGAAUCUUAAAACAAAGAAAUAAACAUCAAAAUUAAUUGGUCAUACAAAAAAGGUUAACUCAAUAGAUUUCUCUCCUAAUGGUACUAAAUUAGCAUCUGGUGGAGAAGACAUGUUUAUCUGUCUAUGGGAUCUUAAGGGAGGAUAAUAAAAAACCAAAUUAAAUGGUCAUUAAUAUUCAGUUCAAUCAGUCAGAUUUUCUCCUGAUGGGACCACAUUAGCAUCUGGUGGUAAUGAUAAGUCUAUCCUUUUAUGGGAUGUUAAGAUAGGAUAAUAAAGAGCAAAAUUAGAUGGUCAUACGAAUUAUGUUAAUUCGGUUUGUUUCUCUCCUGAUGGUACUACAUUAGCUUCUGGUAGUUCAGAUAACUAUAUCCGUUUAUGGGAUGUUAAAACAGGAUAAGAAAAAGCCAUAUUAGAUGGACAUUAAUAUUCAGUUCAAUCAGUCAGUUUCGCUCCUGAUGGAAUCACAUUAGCAUCUGGUAGUAAUGAUAAGUCUAUCCGAUUAUGGGAUGUUAAAACAGGAUAAUAAAAAGUCAAAUUAGAUGGUCAUACUCAUUCUAUUCAAUCAGUCUGUUUCUCUCCUGAUGGUGCUACAUUAGCAUCUGGUGGUUGUGAUAACUCUAUCCGUUUAUGGGAUGCUAAAACAGAAUACUAAAAAGCAAAAUUAGAUGGCCAUACAAGUUAUGUUAAUUCUGUCUGUUUCUCUCCCGAUGGUAUUAUAUUAGCAUCUGGUAGUGAUGAUAACCUUAUCAGUUUAUGGAUUGUUGAGACAGGAUAUUUAAAAGCCAAAUUAGAUGGUCAUAAGAGUUAGAUUAAUUCAAUCUGCUUCUCUCCUAAUGGUAUUACAUUAGCAUCUGGUAGUGAUGAUAAUACAAUAUGUUUAUGGGAUGUUGAUAAAGGAUAAUAGCAAGCUAAAUUCGAUCAUUAAUAAUUUUCAGUUCUAUCAGUAUGUUUCUCUCCUGACGGUAUUACACUAGCAUCAGGUAGUACAGAUGGCCUCAUUCGUUUAUGGGAUAUCAAUACUGGGUAAUAAAAAGCCUAAUUAGUCGGUCAUUCAAAUUCUAUUCAAUCAGUCUGUUUCUCUCCUGAUGGCACUACAAUAGCAUCUGGUAGUAAAGAUAGCUUCAUCAAUUUAUGGGAUAUUAAGACAGAAUUAUAAACAGCAAAAUUAGAUGGUCAUAGUAGUUAUGUUAAUUCAGUUUGUUUCUCUCCUGAUGGUACUACAUUAGCAUCUGGUGGUUCAGAUAAUUAUAUCCGUUUGUGGGAUGUUAAAACAGGAUAAUAAAAAGCCAAAUUAGAUGGACAUUAAUAUUCUGUUCAAUCAGUCAGAUUCUCUCCUGAUGGCACCACAUUAGCAUCUGGAAGUUAUGAUAAGUCUAUCCGAUUAUGGGAUGUUAAAACAGGAUAAUAAAAAGUCAAAUUAGAUGGUCAUACUCAUUCUAUUCAAUCAGUCUGUUUCUCUCCUGAUGGUAUGAUAGUAGCAUCCGGUAGUUAUGAUAACUCUAUCAAUUUAUGGGAUGUACAAUGUGAACAACAAAUAUAAAAUUCUGGUAUUCUACAAUUAUAUUAGCCCCAAUAAUUAAAAAACAACAUUUAUCUUAAAAGUGGUAGUAUUAUUUCUCUAUUCUUUAGCUGCUAAUAUUAAUAUUCUUCUGAUAUCACAAUAGCUAAAAUUUUAAUCAUAAGGUGCCCUAAUCUUAUAAAGUGAAUUUAUUAAUCAUUUUGGUAGAGAUUUAAAAUAUUUAUUUUAAGAAAGAGGAGCUUGUUUCUUGGAAAACUAUAGAGAAUUUUUAUAGAAUCAAAGUUGA